AUGGAAGUUGAUCUUCAAAUAAAAAAAUAUAUAGAAAGAGCCCUAGAAGAACAAAGUUUUCGCAUAUGUGAAAUUACACUAACCGGAUCUUCCGAAAUAUCUGAUGGAUAUGCUUCAAACAUUACUUUCGCUACGGUUUUGGCUGCUACAAACGAAAACAUCACGAAAACUAUUGAAGUAGUUGUUAAGAGCAGCAAGAAAGACUUCGUUCAAACUAACCGGAAUGUAUACGAGAGAGAAACAUACUUCUACAAAACUAUUUUGCCAGAAUUUACUAGAUUUCAGAAACAAAAUAACGAUACAGACCGCAAAAUUCCAUCAAAGGUUGCUAUCAUUGAUUGGCAAGCGUCACGACUGCAUUCUCCAGUAUUGGACUUGUCAUUCUUCAUCUACAGUACCUGCUCAGAAGAACAACUGAGACAUUUUGAUGAGUUAUUAGAUACCUACCACACCAGCUUUUCUAUGUUCCUAAGAGAAUUGGGAUGCGAUCCAGAAAAGCUAUUCCCUUACUCUGCCUUGGUAAGGCACUGGCAGAAAUAUUCCUUACAGGCAUUUUUACUAGUGACCAGUUUUCUUCACAUACCUAUAUGUGAAAAGGAAGAAGCACCAGAGCUGGAAACUCUAGAUGGUUUCUGUGAAAACAUAAUGAACAUGAAAAUUACUAAUGAAGUUGAAUAUAGAAAAAGGUUGAUCGCUAUAAUUAGUCAUUAUUAUAAUUACACUUGGACAUAGAUUUUAUUAAUUUAUUUUAUAUUUACUUUUAUUAAUACGAAAAUAAUAUAUACAAUUACUAAGUAUAAAGUGUUAUUGUAUCUAAACUAAAUGAUACUCCUAGUUGAUCUAACGCAUAAUAUAUCAAGUAAUAUAUUUUGCACCAAAAGAUGAAAAUACCGUUUUGUUCGUAAGUAAACAAAUUAUCCACGAAAGAAUAAGAAAAGUAUUUAAUCUUGUGUUGGAAAUGCAAGUCUUUCUACCGAUGUACGAGGUAUCUCAGAAGAGUUAGAACACCGCUUGUACUCAGGAUAAGACGAUUUAAAUCCACUUGCAAAUAUACAAAAAUCAAGACACACUAGGAUGUAUCCCCUGAAUCACGAAACAACAUUUUUUAGUAUCUUUCUUAAACUAUUAGAGAUUAUUGACACUUUUUAUUUGGUACACGUCUUUAUAUUAUGUAAUAUAUU